CCCCCCCCCCCCCAAAAACCCCCAACACAAAACAAGGCCCACUUCUCUUCUCGCUCGCUAGCUCGCUUUCUCCCACAUCUUGCUCGCAUCUCCAAAAACGCAGAGAGACGGGGUGCGAGCCGUUAUUUGUGGAGGAAUCCGUGUGCUCUUUUUAAUCUGCUCAUAUCGGAGACAAACCUCAACUGUUCUAACCUCUGCAGUCACGGAACACAGUUGAAGAUGGCAAGGCGUCUAAUUGCAACCCUCAAUCGUGGCCUAGUUGGCAAACUCUUCUCCGAGUCCUCUACCAAGCUGGACUCAGGAAAGCCGGUGGUUGCGGGAAUGUGUGGACUGGACAAAGCAGGUUACAGUACCCAAGCCAAGCAAGAAUCUCAUUUUUACGAUGGCGCUUUUGUGGAUGCAUUCCUGAUGAAAAUGAAGAACAACAAGGAUCUCCUUAACAAUAAGAAAAUUUGGUCACGCAGAUCUACUAUUUUGCCAGAAUUCGUGGGUACUACAGUCCGUAUCUAUAAUGGAAAAAAUCAUAUUCGCUGCAAGAUCACUGAAGAGAAGGUUGGUCAUAAAUUUGGAGAGUUUGCAAUGACACGGAAACGAAGAGUUCAGGCUAAAACUACUGCACCAGUAAGACCAGUGAAACCGGGAAAAAAAGCAGGCAAAAAGUAAAAAGGCCUAUGGUGAAAUUCGUAACAUAUCGGAUUCCGUCUCAUUCAGGAGAAUUCUGAAACACAUGAAUGAUCUGGUUUGAUUUAUUUUUUCCAGCAGAGGAUUGCGUUUGAUUUCGAUUCUAGUCUGUUUUAAUGAAGUGUUGAAAGUUUCUCAGCGGAUGUUUAUGUUGGCUAAUCCUUUUGCUCAAGUGAAGCAACCUUCAUGACUCGUUAUUUUUAUUAUUUGUAUUGACACAGUGACUCGUUAGCGCAGCUUCAUGAAUUAUUGAGAAAGGGUGCUCAAAGAUUGUGGUUUGGCCUCGUCAAAUGAAUUUCUGAACAUUGUUUA